AUGUCGAACUCACCCGUUACUACUCCAAAGCACAAGAAGACAUCAAGCUUAGACAUUGGGAAUUCGAGUGGCCGAGUAUCUCGAAGCGGCGGAAGCGCUCAUUCUAGCGGGCGUAAGAGUUUAUUCAAUAAAAUACUUAGGCGAAGAUCCGAUCUGAUUCCAGAAAGUAUUGGCUCUUCAAGUACCAAAGUUAGUCAGGGUAGUAUAGAUUCUCCAUUGGCCCAAAAAACCAAUUCUGGCGAUAGGAACGGGAGUGUAAGUAGAAAAUCAAGCAAGAAUAGACGUAGUAAAAGAUUCAGUCUAGGUUCUUCAAGUUCCAUAAUCGCAGAUGAUAAUUCGAGUGUUUAUGACUAUCAUGAAGGAGAUACUAGAGAAGGUUCAAUACAUUCUGACAUUUUAUCUUCACAAACGUCUUCAAUCUCAGAUGAAUCUCUAGAUGCUGCUAUUAGAUACUCAACCAAUUUUGAAAACCACGAUUAUAAUGAAAAAUUGACUUUCCCUACUGUUGAUGCCCCUGAAUCGGAAUUAGUGGAUGACGAACCAAUAUGGAGUGGAUUGACUUUCGAGUCUUUAGUUACCCCAAAAUAUACCAAGGCAGCCAGAAAAAACAAACAUGCUCCUCGAAUUGUGAAUAACCUUUUCCUUGCACAAGAAUUGAAUACGGAAAAUCUUUCAUUCGAUCAUGAAGUUCAAAGUUCCGACGAGGAAGCUGACCUUGAAAACAAUGAAAAAGAAACUGGUGGUUCUGAUGCCAAAGCAUCAAAAACACACCUUGGUUAUCCUGGAAUAGAUGAAGAACAUAAUGAGAAGUCUGAUCCAAACAAAAACACCCAAGCUGAAAUAUAUGUCAUGGAAUUUAGUAGAGAUGGGAAGUAUUUAGCAGCCGCUGGUAAAGAUUCUACAAUCAAAAUUUGGAAAGUUAUCCUGUCUCCAUUGAGUCGGCUAGAAUCGAAAAAUGUUGAACAAGAUGGUGGGAGUACUGCAAAAUCCUCGAAUGCUAGAGAUAAAUUAUUCACGUCAGCUCCAGUUUUCCAUCAAGAACCUAUGUGCGUGUUUGAAGGUCAUACAAAUAGUAUUUUAAGUUUGGAUUGGAGCAAAAAUAAUUUCUUGAUCACUGGUAGUAUGGAUAGGACAGCAAAGCUUUGGCAUGUUGAUAGACCCAAUUGUUUACAAACAUUUCAACACGAAGACUUUGUCACUGGUGUAAAAUUUCACCCUACGGACGAUCGUUUUUUCCUUAGUGGAUCGUUAGAUAAUGAAGUAAGGUUAUGGUCAGUUUUAGAAAAUAAUGUUGCAUUCAGCAAAAAUAUUGGAGAUGAUGUACUUGUUACUGCUCUAAGCUUCACUCCGGAUGGUUCUCAUUGUCUAGUUGGUGGAUUUAAUGGAACAAUUACUUUACUAGAGACUAGAGGCCUUCAUUUCAUCUAUAAAUAUGAAGUAAAAGAAAAAUCAAUAGUGCAUCCUUUUAUUAAUAAAAAUGGUAAUAAAAUUACUGGGAUCAAAGUUUUUGAAAAUGAAGCGGUGUCAACAAUGUCACUAAAAAAUGAUUUAUUCAAAAAAUGGAAUGUGUUGAUAACUACGAAUGAUUCAAAAGUAAGAUUGGUCAACUCAAGCCUGAAAAAAUUGGUUACUAGGUUCAAAGGUUUAUCAAAUAAUAGUUCAUCCAUUGUUGCAUCAAUGAGUGAUGAUCAUCAUUACAUUAUAUCUGGUUCUGAAGAUCAUUGGUGUUAUAUUUGGGAAAAUAACAACUACAUUAUCAAUAAUAAGUUAAGACUGGCUUUAAAGGAUCUAGUCUUAGAAGGCAAACAUCAUAUUAAUGAUUUGAAUAAAAAACACAAAAUUUAUAACAAAAUAAUUAAACGGAAUAAGUUGCUAAAAAAAUUAAAUUUUCAACAGUUUCUUGAAGAUGAUGCUUCGGCUUACGAAUAUGUCUCCAAUGAAAAUAGUAGUUAUACUACUUUCCAUGCUCAUCACUCUAAAGUGAAUGUAGCAUUGUUCGCUCCUGAAAGCACGAAAAGAUUGUUGGAGUUUUCUGAUGAUAUUAUAUUCGAUUUGGUAAAGCGUGGUAGAAAGUUCGGUUUGGAUGAACCAAAGGGUACAGUUGAUGGCACAACAACGAAUAGCACUCUUAGCUUGCAACCAUUUCAAGAUAAUGCUUUGGGCCAUAUAAUAGUGAGUGCAGAUCAACGUGGUAUAAUUCGUAUUUUCAGACAAGAUGCCGCUCACGAAGUUAGGAAAAAAUUGAUUGACAUGCAGAAGCAUAAUAAA